UUGUGGUUCCAGUAUAACAAAAGCGGUUGCUAUGAACCUUACAUCCAACUAAUUAAUAUUUAUACAAAUAACACGCGAUUUUAUUGUCGAUCAGAGAGGAGUUAGAAUCUCAACAAAUGAUCACACGGUCAGUGUUUGUUGUGGGUUCGAGUGAAGAACACCGCUGAUGAUGUUGGCUACUGCAAUUUCGAACAAUUUUUUCAAUUGUUAGACAUCAUCCUUGCUUGAAUCGUGAGACUAUUGUUAGCGAUCGAAACUUAUUUGUAAUAAAUUAUUGCACACACCAAAUUGAAUACGGCGAAACGAUGACAACAAUGAGCAAAAAAAGGUUCAUGGGGAUCGGAGCAUUUAAGCACAAAUUGGAUAAAGUGCGAAUAAUUUUUUUCCAAGGAAACUCGUUCUCGACGCAGCGGUCAUAUGAACUGGGUGAAUCAUGUGCAAUGUUUGGGAAUGCCCAUUUCGAUGUGUUAAAAAAGACAGUCUUCUAUAUUCACGGCUAUAUGGAAGGGCCAAACCACGAGAGUGUAAAUGUUAUCGUCGAUUCCUAUCUCCAGCGAAACGAUCAUAACAUUCUAGUGCUCGACUGGUCGCAACUAGCAAAUGGAAACUACCUUAUUGAUGCAGUUCCAAAUGCAAAACAGCUAGCGACAAAAUUAUCGGAAGUAGUUUUAGAUUGGAUCGAUGAAGGUCUCGAUGUGAAUCGAUUUCACGUUAUCGGUCAUGCUCUCGGAGGUCAAAUUGCUGGAAUGAUUGGGCGAUGCGCAUUUCGGAAAUCAGAGGGCGAGACUAAAUUGACUCGUAUCACAGCGCUCGAUCCAAUUUCUGUAUUUCCACUGGGCGCUCGUAUCAAUGAGAAGGACGCUCACAUGGUUGACUUCAUUUUUACCGAUGCAUGGUUUUAUAGCAACCCAAAAGAUUCAGGAACAUUGAAAUUUUGGCCCAGUUCACCACUUCGUAAAUCAAAGUCCUCAUCGGAUGAUGCUCGCAUCCAUGGACGCGCUUGGAAAUUGUGGGCAGAAACUGUGCAACCAAGUGGACAGCCGAUAUUUCUUUCAGUGUAUGCGAAGGGUUUAAACGACUUCAAGAAAGGACGUGUUGACAAUUCGGAAAUUGUUCCAAUGGGUAUCGAUUGUCCUAUGAGCGCAAAAAAAGGUGACUAUUUUCUGCAAAUAAACGCAAACAAACCAUUUGCAAAGGGUAUACGAGGUCUGAAAUAUGAAAGAGAUCGGAUUAAAGCCCAUGUGUAGUCGUUUCAUUGAAAAGUCAAGACUACACAAAAAGUCGUUUUUUUUUUUAUUCAAUUGGCUAUAUUUGGAAUCUCUUGAAGAAUUCGGUAGUUGAAAAUGGUGAAGAUGAAACAGUAUUUUACCUUGAACCUUGAUAUAAUCAAUAUUUUAUCAAAUUUGGCUUUCCGAAAAUCACGUGAUUUUUACAUAUCGAUUCGAUAAAAGCGAUAUGAUGGCAAUACAGUCGCGGAGCGACUAGUCUAAAUUCUAGUUUUUAAAUUGUGAUAAAAGAUAAAAAUUAAAAGUGAUUUCGGUCGAUGUUUUCAUUCUAAAACAUGUUGUAAAUUGAAAAAUCUAUCAUAAAUAAAUAAAAGGUGCAUUAAUUUCAUUUGAAUCGAA